AUGGACCAAUUAGCUACUCACAACAAAAUGUUUAAGAACAAAGUUACUCAGGAAGUUAGUUCUUUAAGUAAAGCCAUUGGUAAACUACCUAGUCAGCUAGAGAUGAACCCAAAGGAGCAAUACAAGGCAGUUGCCUUAAAGAGUGGCAAGAUAUUAGAAGACCAUAAACCAAAAGCCAAGCAGAAAACAAUAGAUGAGACUUCUAGUGAAACUGAUACUCAAGUCAAGGGAGAGGAGAUACAUGCUAACAAAGAAGCUCUAUCUCAAAUGUCAUCAUAUGCUAAGUCCUUAAAGGAGAUACUUUCCAACAAGAGGAAGCUUAAUGACUAUGACACAGUGGCUCUCACAAAGGAUCUUAAUGACUAUGAGAUAGUGGCUCUCACAAAGGAAUGUAAUGCAGUCUUGCAGAACAAACUGCCUGUAAAGCUAAAAGAUCUUGGAAGCUUCUCCAUACCUUGUCUCAUUGGCAACAUGAAUAUUGACAAGGUCCUUUCUGACUUGGGAGCAAGUGUUAGUAUUAUGCCCCUAUCUAUUUGUCAAAAGCGGAAUGUUGGAGAGCUUAAACCAACCAUCAUUUCUUUUUAA